AUGAGGAAUUUAGUUCUUCAAAAGCCUUCUGAGGUGACAGUCACAGGUGUGAGAAGCAGCCUAAGCUAUGUCUGGGAAUCUAUAAGACUUCCAGUCAUUGCACCUCUCCUAAGACUUGCAAUUAUCUUGUGUUCGGUGAUGUCUGUUAUGCUUUUUCUUGAAAGGGUUUACAUGGCUCUUGUCAUCAUGUGUGUAAGACUGCUGGGGAAGGAAAAGUACACCAAAUAUAAGUUGGACGCCAUGAAAGAAGACAGAGAGCAUAAACAUAGCAGCUAUCCAAUAGUGCUGGUUCAAAUACCUAUGUAUAAUGAGAGAGAGGUCUACAAGCUUUCCAUUGGGGCUGCGUGUGGGCUUUCAUGGCCAUCUGAUUGUCUCAUAGUUCAGGUUCUUGAUGACUCUACCAAUGAAGUCCUACGGGAACUGGUGGAGUUGGAGUGCAAAAAAUGGAUAGGAAAAGGAGUGAAAGUUGAGUACGAAACCAGGAACAAUAGGAACGGUUACAAGUCUGGUGCUCUUAAAGAAGGUUUAGAGAAACAAUAUGUCAGAGAUUGUGAGUUCGUGGCAAUAUUUGAUGCAGACUUCCAGCCAGAUAAGGAUUUUCUUUUUAGAACGAUUCCUUAUCUGCUCGAGAACCCUGAAUUGGGAUUGGUUCAGGCUAGAUGGAAAUUCGUGAAUGCCAAUGAGUGUCUGAUGACCCGGCUACAAGAAAUGUCCCUGGACUAUCACUUCAGUGUUGAGCAGGAAGAGGUGAAUAUUGUUCAAUUCAUGCAACUUAAACCUAAUCCUAAUGAGUAUGUAGGUACAGCUGGUGUUUGGCGAAUCCAAGCCAUAAAUGAUGCUGGUGGAUGGAAAGAUCGAACCACAGUGGAAGACAUGGAUCUUGCAGUCAGGGCUAGCCUUAAGGGCUGGAAAUUCGUCUUCGUGGGUGACUUAACUGUGAGAAAUGAACUUCCAAGCACAUUCAAGGCAUAUCGUUAUCAGCAACACCGCUGGUCAUGUGGCCCAGCUAAUCUGUUCAGGAAGAUGACCAAAGAAAUAAUCCAUUGUGAAAGGGUGUCAAUCUUCAAGAGAAUUCAUGUCAUCUAUGCUUUCUUCUUUGUGAGGAAGAUAGUUGCACACUGGGUCACCUUCUUCUUUUACUGCAUAGUUAUACCAACCAGUGUCUUGGUUCCAGAAAUAAAACUCACAAAGCCUAUAGCUAUUUACAUUCCAGCCACCAUUACCAUUCUAAACGCAGUCUGCACUCCAAGGUCACUUCACCUGCUCGUGUUCUGGAUCCUGUUUGAAAAUGUAAUGUCCCUACAUCGAACCAAAGCAGCAAUUAUAGGACUCCUAGAAGUGAACCGUGUUAAUGAAUGGGUUGUGACUGAGAAGCUUGGGAACACUGUGAGGCAAAAGAACACUUCUAAAGCAUCGAAGAAAGUUCGAUCUUGCAUCGGAGACAGCAGGCAGAAUUCACGUCCUAGAGCUGAUAAUGGGGAUGUUUAUGUUAUACUGUGCAAUCUACGACCUACACUUUGGGAAAGAUCAUUUCUUCGUAUAUCUAUUACUUCAAGCCGGAGCAUUCUUCAUAAUGGGAUUUGGAUAUGUGGGGACAUUCGUAACAAGUUAGAGCUUGAAGACAUAAGGCCAAAACCAGAGAUACAUUCAUGUAGCAUAGGCCUUUCAGCACCAUAG